UAAUGCAAACUUGAAGGUCUGGGAGUUAAUUCCCCUUGCCCCGGCGCACUUUAGCACCGCAAACCCCACUCCAAAGACUGCAACUCCCAAGUCCAACCCCUCCCUCUCUCUCACCCACAAUACGGAACAAAACCACAAACGAAUUGUUUAAGAAGGGAAAUUUAUACACAAAAAAAUUGAAGAAACUUGAUACUGAUGAAGCGUACGAUAAUGUCCGACCCGAACCCGUACAGCACAGCAAACGGAUCCUCCAACAAGCGCUCCAAGCCUCCGCCCCCUCCUCUCAACGUUCCCCACGGACACGUUGCCUUUCGUCUCCUCUGCCACGCGUCACGCAUCGGUGGCGUCAUUGGAAAGUCUGGCAACGUCAUUAAGCAGCUACAGAACUCGACCGGAGUCAAGAUCCGGAUCGAGGAGGCUCCGGCCGACUCCCCGGACAGGGUGGUUACGGUUAUUGGACCGACGAAUGUCGAUACGCGGAUGAGUUUGAACAGUAGUAGGAGUAGUGGCAGCUUUGUAAAUAGUAAUGGGAAUGAAGGUAACGGGGAAGAUAGGGGUGACAAAGAUGGGAAUUGUUUUGAAGUGUCCAAGGCGCAGGAGGGGUUAAUUAGGGUUUUCGAGAGGAUAUUGGAGGUGGCGGCGGAGAAUGAUGGGAUUGAAAUUGGGGUGGUUUCGUGCCGGUUGUUGGCGGAGACGCACCAGGUGGGCUCGAUAAUUGGGAAAGGGGGGAAAGUUGUGGAGAAGAUAAGGAAAGAGAGUGGGUGUAAGAUUAGGGUUUUGACUGAGAAUUUGUCUGCUUGUGCUGGUCCUAAUGACGAGAUUGUGGAGUGUGUUGUGCAGAUUGAUGGAGAUGUUUUGGCCGUAAAGAAAGCGCUCAUUGCUGUCUCUCGCCGUCUUCAGGACUGUCCUUCAGUUGACAAGACAAGGAUGAUUGGAAGCAAAUCUCAUGAGGCAGUUCCACUAGAAAGUAUGCACAGACCUCUUGAGGUGGUAUCCCAAGAGACCAUGCGCCGACCUAUUGAGGCAAUUCCCCAUGAUAUUAUACGCAGACCUCUUGAGGCAGUUCCACAAGAGAAUUUACGUAGACCGCUAGAGGCAUUUGCCCCUGAGACUUCACGUAGAUCUUUUGAGACAGUUCCCUUAGAGACUUUGCGUAGACCUUUUGAGGCACUUCCCCAGGAGAGUUUGCCUGAUCUUCAUGUAGAUCUUCUAUCUCAGCGAAAUUCACUGUUAAGUACUAUACCAAGUAGCUCCAUCAGUUAUGCUUCUGGUGUUCAUCCUGUGUCAUUAGAGGCAGACAGGAUCUCCACCCUGGACACAAAAAUGCAACAGCAGGAAGUAAGUUUUAGAAUCCUUUGUUCUAAUGACAAGGUUGGGGGUGUUAUUGGAAAGGGAGGCAGCAUUGUCAAGGCUCUUCAGAAUGAGACAGGCGCAUCCAUAAGUGUUGGAUCUACUGUAGCUGACUGUGACGAACGGUUAAUCACUGUUAGCGCAUCAGAGAACCCAGAAUCGCGAUAUUCUCCAGCACAAAAAGCUGUUGUCCUUGUUUUCUCUAGAUUAAUAGAGGCUGGAUUUGAAAAGGGACCUGAUUUGAGCGCAAAUAAGGGGUUUCCUGUUAUUGCUCGGCUUGUAGUUGCAUCAAUUCAGGUUGGUUGUUUGUUAGGAAAAGGAGGCAUUAUAAUCUCAGAAAUGCGGAAGGCAACUGGUACUGGCAUACGUAUAAUAGGUGAACAGGUCCCAAAGUGUACCUCAGAUAAUGAUAAAGUUGUACAGAUUUCAGGAGAGUUUGCAAAGGUGAAAGAUGCAGUAUAUAAUGUUACUGGUAGACUACGAGAUAAUCUUUUUUCCAGCUCGCUGAACAACGCUGGAAUACGGAGUACUAACUCUGUAUUAGCUGACACUAGUCCAUAUGGAAGAUUGAGGGAACCUGCCUCUUUUGGGUUACCAUCAUCAGUUGGUGUUUCUCAUAGUGUUAGUCGACAUCCAACCCUAACACAGAGUAUGGAUCAUAUUGGAUUUUCCUGUAGUCUAGAUUGUCCUCCUUCACCAAGGUUAUGGGCGUCACAGGCAGUAAGUGGAGUUCAUCCAUGGGCCAUAACAGAUGUCAGCAGAGGUCGGGUUCAUCUUAAAGGUGGCUUGGAACUUGGCAGUGGAAACAAAACUGCUAUUGUGACAAAUACAACCGUGGAGAUUAUAGUUCCUGAGAAUGUUAUUGGCUCUGUUUAUGGAGAGAAUGGUAGCAAUCUGGCUCGUCUGAAACAGAUUUCCGGUGCUAAGGUCAUCGUGCACGAACCUCGCUUAGGGUCAACUGAUAGGAUUAUAGUGAUAUCCGGGACACCAGAUGAAACCCAGGCAGCUCAGAGCCUCCUCCAAGCAUUCAUCCUCACCGGACCAUCAUAACGAUAUCAUCCUCAACCACAACUAAUUAAUCUUCACAGGCAAAGAGAAGUCCAGUCUGUUGCCUGUGUUGUAGCUCACUUUAACAUUAUUUUCCCGGUGAAGAUAACUCCAGCUUGUUGCUUGUGUAGUAGUCAAAUCUGUACAUUAUUAUAUCCAUGCCAACCCUACAAAAGAAUUCAAAACACAAAUUUUUUGUAGGGAACUGUUAUUAUUGAAUAUUCGCGGGGAUUUUAUUUUUGCUUUUGUAUUUGAAGGUCGGAGUUGGGAUGGCAGCGGGACAAUAGAGGAACACCUUGUUAAUAUUCUUACAACUGUUUACAGAAAUGUUUAACUUUUUAAUUUAUUGGUAACACAAACAAUAAACUCAAAACAUAUGCUUUCAUUA